AUGGUGUUUAACAAGGCUUUGAGCAUAAACCAGUUAAACACCAUGAGUGAUGCAUUACUUAAUCAGAAUGGAGAUUGGUUUAAAGUGAGGAUAGUUGAGAGUUUACUGAUGUCUUGGUUGGGCAAUUCGAGAGAUGAGGGCCUCCUUGCAGUCCUGCGCAAAUUAUUCAUGGAGCUCAUGGCAUUUGACACAAAAACUCCUAUCUUGAAUUAUGAUCAAAAAGGCUUUGUUGACAAAAUCAAUGAGUGUGUGGUUAAUAAUCCUCUGGGAAUGUAUUUUCUCAACUCCUUUCUUUAUGUCAUAUGUAUUCACUUGCUUGGCGCCCCGGCUUCUUAA